GUCAUUUCAUUUGUCAAAAUAAACUGCGGUUUUCUUUUAAAUAUAAAAAUGACCGAAAACCAAAAUAUCUCGAAACCAGCAACGCAACCGGAAAAACCUAAACGAUAUCGACUACCAUUCCGUGAGUUUAGGAAGCCACCAAAAGAUUGUUCGAAAGAGCUUCAUAAGCUUCUCGACGAAACUGAACUGGCACAACUUAAUGAUUUAUUUAACAAAGAAGAUGGAAGAAGAAUGAAUAAAACCCAACUGAAAGAAGUCUUAGCGAAAGUCGCUAGAAUUGACUUCCCGCCAGAACGCUUUGAAGUUGAAUUUUUAAAAAUGAAUGCAUCCUGUAAUGGUAUGGUGACAUGGGACGAAUUUAUAUCCUAUUUAAUUCUUGGAUUUGAACUACAAGAAGUAAGCACUGAAUACAAAACUUUGGCAGCUCCUAUACCUCUUGGUCCAUCGCUAGUAAAAAGUAACCAUAGACACACUAUUAACCGCAUCACGUUUUAUCCGACGGUCAAGCCUGAUAGAACAUGGUCAUGGCAUGACGGCAGUAUAAUGACUUGUAGCCACGACGGGGUAAUUAAUUACUGGACUUUGGAUAUGACUCCGGAGCGACAAGUUCAGUCGACAUGUCCUGAAUUAAAAAUUCAGUCAACUUGGGUUACUGAUUUUGCUGUUUUGCCAGACGUUAGCGUAAUAUGUACUUCCUCAAGUGAAAGAGAUAUACGGUUUUAUGAUACGUCUGCAAGAAAAUUUGAACUUCGUGUAAUGAUCACAACUCUAGAAUAUGCAGUAUAUACAAUGCAUUACAAAUUCUACGAAGAUCCCAAUACAGAAUCGAAAUUAAUUCUUGGCGAUAUGGGUGGAGGGGUAACCGUACUUUAUAUAAAUACGUUUGCUAGAGGACCGUUUAGAUCUCAGCCUGGAAUACCAUUAUUACAUGUAAGGUGGUCAGCGAUUGUUAAAGGAUUAGUUCCACAUUUUAGAGCAGCAUCGUACCCGAAUCUACAUACAGAUUACGUCCGUCAGGUUUCAUUUUGCUCCAUCCUUCAUAGUGCUGUUUCAUGUUCCCAAUGCCCACAAGCGGGUCUUUUAAUGACUGAUGUAACAGACAGCAAAAAUGUCUAUACUUACAAAGUUACUGCUGGUGUGUGGUGCUUUGCCUUAGAGGAAACAACACAUAUUGUUGCCACAGGAAGUCCAGAUUGUUUAAUUAGACUUUGGAAUCCAUUUGUACCACAUCGACCUACUUGCCUAUUCUAUGGGCAUCAUACCGGUAUUGUCCAGCUGGUAUUCCAAGAUAAUGGAAAAAUGUUAUAUAGCUUAUCAAAAGAUAAAUCCAUCAAGGUUUGGGAUAUUGCUGUACAGACAUGUUUACAAACAUACCUAGAAUUACCCCAAGAACUAGGCGAAAGAAGUGAGUUAACCGCCUUAUAUAAUCCCGAAUCUAGACAAUGGAUUAUUGCAAGUGGUAUGAUAGCAGUUAUACCAUUGAGUCCAAAACAAAGUAGUGAGCAUACUGAUGGGAAUACUCAUUCUAGUGCGGUUUCUGUAGUGCUGUACAAUAAGCUGUUUAAAGUAAUUGUUACAUGUGGGUUGGAUAGUUAUAUUAUAGUGUGGAACCCAUGGGAUGGAAGAAGGUUGCUAGUAAUUAAAGAAGGUCAUACUAGAAUGUUACAUGGUGAAAUUAUGAGCGUUGAAAUAACUGCUGCCACCUUUGACCCAGGAUAUCAACGGCUUCUUACAGGAGCCCACGACGGUACUCUUAAAAUUUGGAACUUUAAUACAGGGACCUGCUUACGAAAUAUGAACAUUGAAACCUGGUGUGAAGUUCAGAGCGUAAUUUGGGUUAACAACAGAAUAUUAGCGAUGGGGUGGAAUAAAAGAGUAACCGAGUUUGCGGAUACCGGUGAGGCAGUAGGUCCAGAAGGAGCAUUUAGUAAAAAUUGGGAUUUACGGCAUUCUGAGGAUAUUAGCGCAGCAGCAGUGAGAGUUCCUGAAUCAUUGGCAACUACCUCUUAUGUGGGAGAGCUACUUCUUUGGCGUCUCGAAACAGGACAACCAUAUAAAAAAUUUAUUGUGUCUAACCCCACUGAACGGAUUAAAAUUCACUUCACUGUAGAGAAAAAUAAAGACAAGCAUUCAGAUAGCUUUUCAUUUGGUAAAUAUGCUAAUCGUUUGUCAAUGGUGUGCAAGCAAAGUAUUGCAUCUCAGAGUUCCAAACGAGUUACUUUACUUCCGCCACAGGAAAAAACAUUAAGCGGACCAAAAGUCAUGGGUCGCAAAGGAAGAAUGUCUAUGAUCCAAAUGCCCGAAGAAUGUUUCAAUUUACGGAGACUUGCCGUUCACUGUAUGCUAUUUUUAUCUGCAAGAAAAACUGAACCUGAAGUGGGAACCUUAUUAGUUUCCUUGGAAAAUGGCGUAAUUCAAGUUUGGAAUCAUCAUGUCUCAGGAGGAUUUAUCACGUCAUUUAAUGCAGUACAUAAGGCUGGUGAUUAUGUCAUCGCUAUGACUACAGAUGUUAAUAAUGAAUUUUUGUUUACUGGGACGACUGCCGGCUACAUUAAAACUUGGCUUAUGAAGAACUACUGCAUGUUACCCGAAAACCAGGAGCAUAUUUGCUUGCCAAAGUACAGACUAAUGUUUCCGUUUAUGUGGGGCGACAGGUUUAUCGGAAGAGCUAGCAGAAUGGUCGCGAAUCAACCUUUUCCAAUAUUAUUGAAUAGCUAUAAAGGCCAUUUUAUGCCGGUAUCUGGAUUGACUUAUCUUGAAGAUAGUAGAAUUUUAAUAAGCUGCAGCGCAGACUUUAGUACCAGAAUGUGGACGCUGGCUGGUCGUUAUUUACAAACCAUUGGAACUUUUAAGCCUUGGAAGCCUAUUCCCCAGGAUGGCAACCUCCCCGAUGAUUUUGAAUACACUAUUCCUCCAGAUAUUAAACGAGUUGGAAGCUCCACAACCUUACGGGUUUUAAGCGGUGGUUCAUUUCCAAAACGCCUUACCUUUAAGCAGCUCCAGAAGCAAGCAGAAAAGGAUCUUGUACAUGUCGAUCACAGUAAAAUCUACGGGGCACGUCUUUCGGAUCCAAUUUUAGGUCAUAAUUAUAACGUUUUUGAGCGCCUGAGUACUCCAAAGGAAGUCAAAUUUGAUACCUCGUUCCCAUAUAUACCUGUCUACCAGCACCUAAUUAUGCCUCAACCUAAACCAAUUCAAGUUCCUGAUGUGCCAAUAGAUGUACCGAAUAAUAUAAGGGUGGACGACGAAACAAUCUAAUGAAAUUAUGAUUUCUAUAUUUAUAUUUAAUUUUAAUUAUUGCCUUUAAUAAAUAUUUAAUUGAAAAUA